AUGGCAGUACCUGCGCCCUUGCGGCAGGCCAAGCCCGGCCAUGGAUCGCCCCCGGGCAGUCCAAACUCCGGAAUUAAAUCUCGCAUUCCUGUCUCCCUCGCACCGUUUUCACCCGAUCCGCUGCCAUUACCUCGCCGCCCAAGGGCACUAGCCGCCUCCCCUAUUCCGUCUCCUAAACAAAGUCCUCCCCGCAUGCCAGCAGCGGAUCCCGCUUCGUUCGCAACAAACUCGCGUGGUAGACGGGAUCUAACAAUCGGCCGAACCCGAAAUCAAUUGUCUGAAUCCAGUCGCAGACUUCAGGCCUACAUAGCUGAACCACCGCCUAAAAAGUCGCCUCCGUUGCGCAGUUCACGACCCCGACAACCCGUGUCACAUGGUGCCGCGGUCUCCCCACGCUCCAAAAUUGGAGAUAGAGUUUUGAAUUUACAAAAACAAGCCACCCACAGCGACUCGAGGUCUCGUCCUGACCGCAAAUUACCUGAAUUGGGCAAGGUCGAUUUUGACGCUCGCCGCCGGCACAUUCAACAGGCAAUCAACCGACACUCAAUCAACUCGGGCGUUCAAGCGAAUCAGAAUGACAGAGGACCGGACAAAUCAACUGCCGCAAAGCUUCGACGACACGCUUUGGUGCGAGAGCAGGAGACGCAUGAAGAUUUCAAGAGAUCAGUGGAUGACCCUACAAUUACCCCUACCCUACCUGUGACCAACUCCCCCUCCUCUGAUGAGAUGGCCACGAUAGUCAAAGAGUCGACCGGCUCGGUUGACUAUAAGGAAAAUAGCGUCCAGGCCGUUCCUAAGCUGCACCUCAACACUGCCCUGCCGGCAUCGGAUAUGGCAGCGCCCCAUACAACAAUGGACUCUCCCACUCUUGGCCUCCCACAGGGUGUCAAUCCAACGACUUCAGGUGAAGGACAGCCCACCAAUGGGGACCCGACAGAAUCGGGUGCCACGUCAGACUCCGACGAUACCCAUGUCACUACUUUUGAUCCGGAGCCGCAGUCCGGGCUGCUGCAGCGCAACCCUAGCGUCUCGCAUCGAACUAUUCUGGAUCAAAUAAUGCAAAUCCGAGAAUGCAGCCCGAGCGACGACUCAUGCGACGAACCUGAUUGCAGCCUUUCAGAGAACGACGACAGAGAGUCCAUCCAGAUUAUGCUUGGAGAUACGACCUACUACAAUUCGUCUAGUAGCACCAAUACUCAAGAGAUUGAGCGUGCAUCAACGCACCCGGCUCAAAAUGGGACUCAUCUUCACAACCGAUGGAGCAUGAGUUCAUGGUCCUCUGGACAAAACCAACAUUCCACCUGUGACGAGCAUUGCUCCGAGAGUGGAGAUGAUUCUCUACUACGAGGCUGUGAAACGGAACCACCAACUGAAACUUGUUCAGCUGUCUCGACAAGGCCAGCCUCAAUAACGGACGAUGAAUCACCACCUCCAAUUCAGGAUCACGGCGUAAUGGGACCACACACACUUCAGGCAUCUGAGCAGUUUCGACCGAAUGCCUUCUCUACUCCACCAAGCUUGGCUAGAUUAGGCAGAUGGGAUUCGAAGCGUGUCACUCAGCUUUAUCUGGAGGAGUUGACACGAGGCAAGGGCCACCACCUUGGCUCAGCAAUUUACCCCUCGUCCGAGCCUCGAUCUCAUCCCUCAAAUACACGUACAGAUGGACGACCCGAUAGUCUGACUGACGAUCCGGUUGUCGUGCCAGGAUACAAGGAUUUCCAUGCCUCAGGUAGGCACUCACAUACAGCUAGUUUGGUUGGGCGUGAUGAUUGGGAACAUGCAUCUCCCUCCAUCAUGGACUGGAUGCAGAUCGCGGCUGAGGAUGAUGCUAUGACCCCUGACACCGAAACCGACGGCAGACGCACCGAAGGGGUGCUCACACCCCGCCUAGUGCCUUCGACAACCCACGACGCUGGCGCAUCAAACACGAACAAUGGCCUUGGGGUCUCCGUUGAUAUCCAAGCCUCCAACGAACAGACUGAGCCUCGUGACUUUUCUUCAUCAGCAUUCCUGCCGCCCUCAUCAACGCAUCAAACUGAUAAUGAAAUUCCUGGAGUUCAAAAUCCGCUUAAGCCGUCAGGCCACAUUGGAUUCGAUCGCAGUAUCCAGGUUGCUCCUAGACCUGCGGGACACAGCCCCGGCAGCAGUCAGGACUCUUCUUUCCAAAAUUUGGAGUCUAUUCAAUCUCCCGCGGCCCCUGACUCCUCCGCUACUUCACUUGUCCCGUCCACUGAACAAACUAUUCGGGUUGAGCGGAAGGAUUCACCUUCCCCAGAACAACGACGUCUCAAGAAGCGGCGUCACAUAAUCAAAGAACUUGUUGAUACCGAACACACCUUUGGGCAUGAUAUGAUAAUCAUUGAGGACAUCUACAAGAGCACCUCGCUCACCGUAUUGGAUCCCGAUGAUGUCAAGGUUCUGUUCGCCAAUUCCGAUCAAGUCGCGGCCUUCUCCGACAAGUUCUUGCGUGAGCUCAAGCAAGCAGCUCAAAGCAUCUACGUCAUGCCAAAGACUCUACGAUGGACCAGCAAGCGAAAGCGCAACAAUCAGGCUCCCGGGUCCACUACCCCAUCAGGCGAUGAAGUAGCCGAGCUUGCAGGAAUGUCGGAGCUCGAAAAGGAUCGCGCGACCUCUGUCGGUCAGGUUUUUGUGGGCUACAUGGCGGAUAUGGAAAAGGUGUACACCGAAUACCUGAAGAACCAUGAUGCCGCAAACAAGAAACUCCAGGUCUUGCAGCAAGGGCGCUAUGGAUCUCACGACCGCUUGGGAUUUGGAUUCUUUGCUCGUAAAACCUGUGCAAAGAAUCUUGAAGUAUCCCUUAUUCUCCGCGACCUAUUGGACUCUACGCCCAACGACCAUCCAGACCGAGCGGCAAUUGCCAAUGCUCUCGAAGAGGUCACAAAUGUCUCUCAUCGUAUCAACGAGCUGAAGAAGCGAGUAGACCUUGUUGGUCAAGCUGUCGGCCGAAAGCGCAACCAGUCCGAUGUGCGUGCCGGUCUAUCUAAGGCCUUUGGUCGCCGCACGGAGAAGUUCAGACAGCAAGUUGGCCUCUCCGACCUGUUUGAAGACAAAACCUAUGAUUCGCUAGCACAGAAGCUUAGCGACGGCUAUUUCCAAUUGCAGGUUGUCAUGCGUGACGCUGAGAGUUACUCGCGGGAUGUGCAACUCUACGUGAACCAGUUCAAUGAGUAUGCCGAUUCGAUCGAAGAGGUUGUUGGCAUGUCGCCUUCUCCAUAUCCACAAUUGGAGAGCAAGUGGCAUCAGUUCAAGAUGACGGUUCAGGAACUUGUGACGACUGCUCUCCCAGAACAUGUUGCUGUCGUCCGCAAAACGGUCAUCGAUCCGAUGGUUGAAUUACUGGGACUUUACAAUGCACCCCAACGAGUCAUGCGGAAGCGCGACAAGCGACUCCCGGAAUAUGCACGCUACAAAGCCAUCAAGGACCGCGGCGACAAACCUGACAAGAAAACCACCGAGCAGGGCGAGCAGUUCCUGGCUUUGAAUGAUACUUUGAAGGAUGAAUUGCCUAAACUAUAUGCAUUGACUACGAAACUGAUGACGGCGUGUCUGAAGAAUUUCGUCCAAAUUCAAACUGUUUGGUACAGUGUUCUACAGAAAAAGAUUGGUGCUCAUGUGGAAUUGUUUCCCAAUGACCUCGACAGGCUCAUCAGCGACUUCAACAGUGAUCACACUUUGAUGGAGGCGCGAAUGGGGGAGCUAAGCUCUUGCAACGGGGCGCUGAUGGCCCAUUCGCUCAAUUUGGUCCCCCUUUCACCCAGCGAGCAGCAAAACCCUAUGUCGCCUCGCCGUCCCUCUACGGUGAACAGCUCAAAUGCGCGACCUGGAUCUAUGACCGGUGAUUCACCAAACGUUUCUCGGGAUUUCAGCGUCGGCAGCCAAUCAUUCCAGUCUCCCCAGAUGGAAAGCCACUCUAGCCGCAGCAGCCGUUACCGGGCUGAUUCCAUUAUGUCUGGCCGAGUCGUCCCAGACACCCCCAAUCAAUUGCUGCAGCAAGCCAUCAGCUCUCCGGCCCCUGCGAGGACGAGCGACGUCGAGCCUUUCCCAAGCCUGCCGAGGCUCAGCCUUGACACCCCUUUCCUUGAGGAUGUGAUCAACAGCUCCUCGCACUCGAGCAAUGCGCCAACCUCCCCGACUGAUCGAUACUCUGGAUUCUUCUCGUCCGCCAUGCCCAUGUCGGAUGUGCCAAGUGAUACUGUCGUGGAUGGGCACUUUGAACGCAGCGCCCCUCCCGUGGGCCCUGCUCCGUUGUUCUGCGCAGCGAGUGUUUAUGACUUUAACAUCGACGCGCGCACUGAGGGCGGAUAUCCCUAUCUGACCUACGCCUCCGGGGAUAUCUUCGACGUCAUCGGCGAGAAGGGCGAGCUCUGGCUUGCGCGCAAUCAGGACGAUGCCACUGGUACAGUUGGGUGGAUCUGGAACAAACAUUUUGCCCGACUCGGCAGCUGA